GUGCUGGGGACAGCCUGCCUUUUCCGCUACAAUGUCCUCUCCCUGGUGUACCUGCUCUUCCUGCUGCUCCUGCCCUGGUUCCCGGGGCCCUCCCCGCGCUUCACCACAGGUCACACCACCCGCAUCCUCAAAGCUCUGCUGGGGACCAGCAUCAUCUUCCUCCUCGCCCACCUGGUUUUCCAGAUAUGCCUGUACGCUCUGCCCGCCCUGGACCAGCUGCUGGGGCCCAGCUGCAGCACCUGGGAGGUCCUUGCUCGGCACAUUGGGGUCACCAGGCUGGAUUGGAGUGACAUUCCCAACUCGAUGAGGCUGGUGGCACCCGAUGUUGGCAUCCUGCUGGUCUCGUCCCUGUCCCUGUGCCUGUGUGGCCGCCUCAACCCUGCCACCUCCAGUCAGGAUCUCGAGUCCCUGGAGUCCUCUGAGUGGAGGGAAGGCAAGGACGCGGGGCGGCAGCGGCGCGCGGCCGGCAGGGAGCGGCGGCUGAAGAGCAGGCUGAGGGACAAGGCUCACUGGCUGCUCUGGGAGGCUGGCAAGGCCCUGGCCAUCCUGCUGCUGGCCUUGGCAGGGGUCAUGCUGCCCUCUGCCUCCUCCUGCGUCUACUUCCUGCUCUUCCUGGGGCUGUGCACCUGGUGGUCCUGUCACCUCCCUGGCGGCCACCGUGCCUUCAACGUCCUCUGCCUGCUCGUGGGCAUCUACAGCGCCUGCCACCUGCUGUGCCUCUAUGUCUACCAGACCCCCUUCGUCCAGGGGCUCUUCCCGCCCCCCACCGUGUGGGCACGGGUGUUCGGCUUCAAUGACAUCAUCCUGUACUACAACUGCUCCCAGCCCAACACCCUGGAGCUCAACACCAGCUUCCCUUGGCCGGUCUAUGCCAACCCUGGCGUCCUGCUGCUGCUCUACUACGCCGUGAGCACGCUGGUGAAGCUGCGCUGGCUGGAUGCCAAGAGAGCCGUGACGCCGGCACAGCCCUGCCCCAGGGACCUGGUGGAGCUGGAGAGCUGGCCCAGGGACGCUCAGCAGGCGGCUGAGGACACCAAGCCCAUGCUGUCCCCCAACGCCGGGCGGCCGAGCGGCGACAACUGCACCGUGCACAUCCUGAACCCGUGUAAGCCUGAGCCCAGCCCCUGCCAGCCCUGCCUGCAGCCUGGGCUGCCUCCUCCCAUGCUGUCCCCCAACGCCGGGCAGCCGAGCGGCGACAACUGCACCGUGCACAUCCUGAACCCGUACAUGGAGGUGACACAUUCAUUGGGGGGGACCCUGGGGACACCCCGUGGGCCGAGCCCUCACGCCCCGUGCCCCCAGGUGUGGAGCAUCCUGUACCACAGCUGGCUGACCUUCGUGCUGCUGGUGUGGGCGUGCCUGGUGUGGACGGUGCGCAGCCGCCGGCACUUCGCCAUGCUCUGCUCGCCCUUCCUGGCCCUCUACGGCGUCACCCUGUGCGUGCUGCAGUACGUCUGGGCCAUGGAGCUGCACCCCGAGCUGCCCACCCGCCUCAGCUUCAUGAGCCUGCAGCCCCUGGGGCUGGUGCACCCCGACUACCCCUGCCUCACCCUGGGCGUCAAGCUGCUGCUCACCCUCACCUUCUGGAUGCUGCUGCGGCAGUUCGUCAGGGAGAAGCUGCUAACGAGGAGACCCCCGGCCACGCCGCUGAUGGGCGUGUCCCUCGUGGACGCAGGUGAGGGGGGCAUGCGGGACGUGCUGCAGAGCCUGGGCCGCGUGCUGCAGGAUUUCUUCGCCAAGUUCUGGAUCCUGCUGUGCGCCGCCAAGUUCAUCGUGGUGACCUUCACCGGCCGCCUCGUGGUCUUCAAGAUUGUCUACAUGCUGCUCUUCCUGCUCUGCCUCAUCCUCUUCCAGGUGUACUACAGCCUGUGGCGCAAGGUGCUCAAGGGGUUUUGGUGGCUGGUGGUGGCCUACACCAUGCUGGUGCUCGUUGUGAACUACACCUACCAGUUCGAUGACUUCCCCAUGUACUGGAGGAACCUGACGGGCCUCAAUGACGGCCAGCUGCGUGACCUGGGCCUGGAGCAGUUCAGCAUCUCGGAGCUCCUCUCCAGCAUCCUCAUGACGGGUUUCUUCCUGCUGGCCUGCACCCUGCAGCUCCACUGCUUCCACGAGCCCUUCAUGCACAUCACCGACCCGGCGCACGUCUGUGCCCCCCCUCCGUCCUCCUGCCACAUCCCCAGGUCUGAGGAGCUGCAGGGGAGCCGCCUGCUGCGGGAUGCGGCCGCUGCCGAGACCAGAGACUCUGCCCAGGCCAGAGACUCCGACACCGAGUCCCUGGAGUCCAGCAAGUGGGGGCUGGUGCUGGAGCGCCUGGUGGUGCUGGGGCGCACCUUCUCGGACACGGUGACCCGCGGGGAGGUCUUCAUGAGGCGCGUGCUGGAGCUCCACAUCGUCAAGAUGGUGGCUCUCUACACCGUCUGGGUGGCCCUGGAGGAGGUCUCGCUGAUGAACUUCCUGCUGGUGCUGCUGUGGGCUUUGGCCAUGCCCUACGGCCGCUUCCGCCACAUGGCCUCGUGCCUCUCCACCGUCUGGACCUGCAUCAUCAUCGUCUGCAAGAUGCUCUACCAGCUCACGGUCGUGGAGCCCCACGAGUACUCCAGCAACUGCACCCAGCCCCUCCCCAACAGCACCAACCUGACCCCGGAGGAGCUGGGCAACUCCACGCUGUACCGUGACCUGGUGGACCCUGCCAACUGGUUCGGCGUCCGGAAGCACUACCCACCCUGGGGUUACGUCAAGAACCACCUGCAGGUGCUGCUGCUGCUGGUGUUCGAGGCCGUGGUGUACCGGCGCCAGCAGUACCACCGCAAGCAGCACCAGCUGGUGGCCCCCGUCACCGAGACCAUCUUCGAGGACAUCUCCCGCCAGCACCUCGACCACGGCCUCGUCAGCUGCGCCAAAUACUUCAUCAACUACUUCUACUACAAGUUUGGCUUGGAGAUCUGCUUCCUGAUGAUCGUGAACGUGAUCGGGCAGCGCAUGAACUUCCUGGUGAUCCUGCACGGCUGCUGGCUGGUGGCGAUGCUGGCGCGGCGCCGGCGCGCGGCCAUCGCCCGCCUCUUGCUGGCGCGGCGCCAGCGCGCGGCCAUCGCCCGCCUCUGGCCCAAGUACUGCCUCUUCCUCGUCGUCUUCUUCCUCUUCCAGUACCUGCUGUGCCUGGGCAUGCCUCCUGCCCUCUGCAUGGACUAUCCGUGGCGCUGGAGCAGCACCAUUCCCCUCAACUCGGCUCUUGUCAAGUGGCUCUACCUGCCCGACUUCUUCCAGGCUCCCAAAUCCACCAACCUCAUCAAUGAUUUCAUGCUGCUGCUGUGCGCGGCCCAGCAGUGGCGCGUGUUCGAGGCCGAGCGCUCCGAGCCCUGGCUGCGGGCGGCCGGCGACAACUCGGACCGGCUGGACCGGGAGCAGGACCACCACAACCCCACCCCAAACUUCAUCUACUGCAAGUCCUACCUGGACAUGGUGAAGGUGGUGGUGUUUCACUACCUCUUCUGGGUGGUGCUCGUGGUGGUUUUCAUCACCGGUGCCAACCGCAUCAGCCUCUUUGGCCUGGGCUACCUGCUGGCCUGCUUCUACCUGCUGCUCUCGGGCACGGCCAUGCUGCGCAGGCCGGCCCGCGCCCGCCUGGUGCUCUGGGACUGCCUCAUCCUCUACAACAUCACCAUCAUCAUCUCCAAAAACAUGCUGUCGCUCCUGUCCUGCGUCUUCGUGCAGCAAAUGCAGAGCAACUUCUGCUGGGUGAUCCAGCUCUUCAGCCUCGUCUGCACCGUCAAGGGCUACUACAACCCCAAGGCGAUGCACAAGGACCACGACUGCACGCUGCCCGUGGAGGAGGCUGGCAUCAUGUGGGACAGCAUCUGCUUCUUCUUCCUCCUGCUCCAGCGCCGCAUCUUCCUCAGCUCCUACUACCUGCACGUCAUGUGGAACCUCCGAGCCUCUGCCCUGCAGGCUUCCAGGGGUGUGGCGCUGUUCAAGGCCAGCAUCAUGAAGAGCCUGAUCGCGCACCGGCGAGCCGAGAAGAAGUCUCUGGACCAGCUGAAGCGGCAGAUGGAGCGGAUCCUGGCCAAGCAGCAGAAGUACAACCAGGAGCGGGUGGCCCGCAGCACCACGCCGGGGCAGGAGGGGCCCAGAUCAGAGAGCAGAGACCCUGCAGACCCGUCCCAGCAGAGGCAGCGCUGGUGGCAGCCCUGGUCAGACCAUGCCACAGUGUUGCAUUCCGGGGGAUAUUUCCUCUUCGAGUCGGACAGCGAGGAGGAGGAGGAGGUGCAGGAGGAGCCGCGGCCGGAGAGGCCGAGCGCCUUCCAGCUCGCCUACCAGGCCUGGGUGACCAACACCAGGACGGUGCUGCGGCAGCAGGGGCAGCCUGAGCAGUCACAGCCGUCCAGCACUGAGAGCACUGCAGAGAAUGGUGCAAGGAGAGAGGUGGAGGCUGCUGAGGAGGCUGAAGGCCGGGAGGUGGAGAACAUGGAAACUUCUGAGCGCAGCAACGUCUUGCAGCGGGCCCUGAACACGCUGAGGUUCCUGUGGCUGCUGUGCCAGGCGCUGGUGGACGGGCUGACCCAGUGGCUGGACACCUGCACGCGGGAGCACAGGGACAUGUCGCGCGUGCUGCGCCUCGAGAGGAGCGUCAUGGCCGAGCGCCUGGCCAAGGGAGAGGAGAUCAACGAGGGGUUCCCGGAUGAGCUCUAUGUGCUGCCAGAGGAGCUCCCCGGGGAGCUGAGCCCGUCCUCCUCCUCGGCCGCAGGUUCCCAAAGCAGCGCUUCCAGCAGCCAGGAGCAGGUGGCAAGCCUGGAGGACGGGACUGAUGCUCAGCAGUUCCUGGUCGUGCCCCAGCAGCGCAGGCGGACUGCCAGUGAGCUCCUCAAGAGCAGGAAGCUGUGUGUCUCCGACCUGGAGGAGUCAGAGCACUUCUACCAAUCCCACAACCGGUUCCUGAAGCUGCUGCUGGCCGGGUACCGCUGUGUGACCGCCCACUCCGAGCUGCUCUGUUACUUCGUCAUCAUCCUCAACAACAUCGUCACUGCCUCCAUCAUCUCUGUCUUCCUGCCCAUCCUCGUCUUCCUCUGGGCCAUGCUUUCCAUCCCCCGGCCCACCAAGCGCUUCUGGAUGACGGCCAUCAUCUUCACCGAGACGAUGGUGGUGGUGAAAUACCUCUUCCAGUUCGGGUUCUUCCCCUGGAAUGGCUACAUCACCUUGCUGCGCCACGAGGGCAAGCCCUUCUUCCCGCCACGCAUCCUGGGCUUGGAGAGAUCCACCCACUACAUCAAGUAUGACCUGGUGCAGCUCCUGGCCCUCUUCUUCCAUCGCUCCCUGCUGCUGUCCUUUGGGCUGUGGGACCAGGAGAAGACGGCAGAGGAGAAGCGGGAGAGCAAGGAAGAGGAGAAGAAGCCGGAGGAAGCCGUGCCCGCAGCGCCGGCGGGGGCUGAGGAAGGGCUGGAGGCUCCAUCCUUUGGGCUGUGGGACCAGGAGAAGACGGCAGAGGAGAAGCGGGAGAGCAAGGAAGAGGAGAAGAAGCCGGAGGAAGCCGUGCCCGCAGCGCCGGCGGGGGCUGAGGAAGGGCUGGAGGCUCCAGCGGGGGGGGGAGGGCUGGAGGCUCCAGCCCGGCCAGGAGCACCAGCAGCAGCCACGGGGCCAGAGCUGGAGCUGGGGCCAGAGGGUGAGUCUGUGGAGCAGGAAGGGACCACGCAGCUCCACCUCAGGAGGAGGAGGAGGCAGCAGGAGAGGAAGACCGUGGAGAUGGUUCCAGCAGAAGGGGGCGAGGAGGAGGAUGAGGAGGAGGAAGUGUCAGAAGAGAGCCACACUCACAGGAAGCUGAGGGAGUUUGGCUUGCGGGUCAAGGGCUUCUUCCUCACCAUGGCACAUAACAUGUACCAGCCAGUGCGCAGGUUCUUCCAGGAGAUCCUGGACACGCAGAACCACGCGGCCACCGACGUCUACGCCUUCAUGUUCCUGGCUGACGUGGUCGACUUCAUCAUCAUCGCCUUCGGCUUCUGGGCCUUCGGGAAAUACUCGGCGGCCGCCGACAUCACCUCGUCUCUGUCGGAGAACCAAGUGCCGGAGGCUUUCCUGUUCAUGCUGCUCUUCCAGUUCACCACCAUGGUCAUCGACCGCGCGCUCUACCUCCGCAAGACCGUGCUGGGCAAGCUCAUCUUCCAGAUCAUCCUGGUCUUCGGCAUCCACUUCUGGAUGUUCUUCCUCCUGCCUGCCGUCACCCAAAGGUUGUUCCGCCAAAACACGGUGGCCCAGCUGUGGUACUUUGUGAAGUGCAUCUACUUUGGACUGUCGGCCUACCAGAUCCGCUGUGGCUACCCCACCCGCAUCCUGGGCAACUUCCUCACCAAGAAAUACAACCACCUCAACCUCUUCCUCUUCCAGGGGUUCCGCCUCGUGCCCUUCCUGGUGGAGCUGCGGGCUGUCAUGGACUGGGUGUGGACGGACACCACGCUGUCCCUCUCCAACUGGAUGUGUGUGGAGGACAUCUACGCCAACAUCUUCAUCAUCAAGUGCAGCCGGGAGACUGAGAAGAAAUACCCCCAGCCCAAGGGGCAGAAGAAGAAGAAGGUGGUGAAGUACGGCAUGGGCGGCCUCAUCAUCCUCUUCCUCGUGGGCAUCAUCUGGUUCCCGCUGCUCUUCAUGUCCCUGGUGCGCUCCGUGGUGGGCGUCAUCAACCACCCCGUCGAUGUCACCGUCAACCUCAAGCUGGGGGGUUACGAGCCUCUGUUCAGCACCAGCUCCCAGCAGCAAUACAUCCAGCCCUUCACCGCCGAGGACUACGAGGAGCUCACCACAGAGUUUGAGAGCGAGCCGUUGGCCAUGCAGUUCAUCACCCUGUACGGUGAGGAGGACAUCGUGACGGCGCGCAUCGAGGGCAGCUCGGGCUCGCUGUGGAGCAUCAGCCCCCCCAGCCGCGAGCAGAUGCGGCUGGAGCUGCAGAACGGCUCCUCCGACAUCACCGUGCACAUCUCCUGGAUCUUCCAGAGGGACCUGGGCAAGGGCGGCACGGUGGAGAACGCCUACGGCAAACACAACAUCGAGCUGGAGCCCGGCGCGCCCCAGCGCCUGCAGCUGGCCCAGAUGCUGGAUGGCACCAGGGAUGACCCCGUGUUAUUGCCCAAACUCUUCCCCAAAUACAUCCGGGCACCCUCCGGCCUCGAAGCUGAACCUGUCAAGCAGCUGCUGCCAGAUGACGUGGAGAGCUUCCUGGACGUGGAGGUGCAGCUGAAACAGGAGCGCAGGGGCUCUGGCCCCGGUGCGCACUUUGUGGAGUGGUGGGUGCUGAGGCUGAAGGACACCCCACCCCAAGAGGGCAACAUCCUCCCCAUGGUCAUCUUCAACGACAAAGUCAGCCCCCCCAGCCUGGGCUUCCUGGCUGGCUACGGGAUCAUGGGGCUCUACGUGUCCAUCGUGCUGGUGAUCGGCAAGUUCGUGCGCGGCUUCUUCAGCGAGAUCUCGCACUCCAUCAUGUUCGACGAGCUGCCCUGCGUGGAUCGCAUCCUGAAGCUGUGCCAGGACAUCUUCCUGGUGCGGGAGACGGGCGAGCUGGAGCUGGAGGAGGAGCUCUACGCCAAGCUCAUCUUCCUCUACCGCUCGCCCGAGACCAUGAUCAAGUGGACACGGGAGAAGGAUUAAGGGGAAGGGGCUCCAGCCCCCCCCCCCGACAGGGACAUCACCGCCAAUGCCUUAAGCAGCCCCCCCAGCUGGGGCUGCAUCCAGCCCGGGAGGCAGUGGGAUGUGGGGUUCUGGGCGCUCCCUUGGAGGGAGGAUGUUUUCCUGGAUGUUUUUCUCUACGUUGCUUUGAAGCCAUCUGGCCUGCACAGACCAUGUUGUGCCUUCCUGGUGAGAGGGACAGGAGGUGACCCCCCCCACCCACUGGGCACCCCUGGCUGCCAGGUGGGGAUUGGGGGUGGGUCAAGAGCCAGCCUGUGGCCCCCUCCCUGCUGGUCCCAGCCCUGCUCCAGAACCAGGCUCAAUUCAAGCAAUAGCCCCCCUGCCCCCAGCUCCAGGAUGGGGGUCCUGGGUUGUGGCCCCCUACGUUUGUGGGGGUCUGGCAGCCCCAGUUGGACUUUAGACACUUGAGACUUCGGGUUUGUUUU